GAUCAUAUGUCUCCGUAUAAUCAAUAUUUUGUAUAGCCUCCCAUCCCAUCUAAUGUAAAAUUGUCUACUUCCGCUUCCGGUCCCAGUUUGGUCCAGACUCAGCUUGCUCGCUCCUGCGCAUGUGCAAGAGCCCGGUGUCCGGUGUCCGACUGACAGCAGCUGCUGAGACCAUGAAGGGUCUGCAGGGACAGCUAACAGGCUAACGAGCUAACUGACCCGUUCUCAUCCGGGUUAGUUCGCCGCCUCGCGGAGCUACUGAUCUAACUUGUUGACGCGAGCCUCCACAGUCCCGCCAGUCCGGAACCAGCGCGUGGACCUGGACCCGGGAUGCUAAUAGCAGCGGUCGCUGGAGGAACCGGCGCCGCCGCCGCGGCCAAGAAACACCGGCGCCGAGGCAAGAAGCACCGGAGAGCCCGAACAGACGAGAACCGGCCUGAUGACCACUGUGACCCUCAGAGUCUGAAUGCCAACAGCAGCCGCUCCCCAGCACCUCAGCAGAGCUGCCCCCAAACCGGCCAGCUGCCCCUCCAAAGGGCUUCAGACAACACCACAUCCCCACAGAAUGCACCAUGGCCUGAAGACGUCCACCAAUCCACUCCAGCACCCCAACAGACCCAUCCACGCACCCCCACGUUACCCCCCGAGACCACCCUGAUGCCCCCCAAGGGUGUCCCUCGAUCCCCCUCACCGCCUCCCCAGAACUCGCUCGAGACCACCCCCCCCCAUCUUGAUCCAGUGGAUACCCCUGUCGCACAACUGGUGCCCUCUAAAAUUACUUUCCAAAACACCUACCUGACGGCACCAUUGACGCCUCAGAUUUUCAGCCAAUCACCUCUUGCCGCAUUAAAUAAUCCCGCCCACAGUCCAAGUCAAUCACCAUCAACUGUUAACCAAAAUAUUACCCAAAAUUCCUCCAGAUCGUGUCACAGAACUCUUCGAAAUGUUGAUCAGAGUCUGCCGGAAGGCCAAACUGACCCUUCAGAAUUGCCUCCAAUCUUAUCACACGAUAUUACCCACAAUGCAUCUGAAUCAAAGUCAGUUCCCUCCAAAGGUCCACCCAGCCCUCAGCUAGGCCCCUCUGACCCGGACCCCUUCUUGCUGACCUCACUGACCUUCACUUCCAGUGUCUCCUCGCAUCUCUACACCCCCACUUGCUCGUCUGCCGCCUUCCUCGGCUCCCUGGACUCUCUGAGCCCCCACGUUGGUCUGCCUCCCAUGAUGGCUUCAGCCGCCCCACAAAUGGCUGCGCCCCCUUUGACUUUGAGCCCGCCUCCUCCGGAGUUAACUCCUCCCCCUGCACAGCUGCUGGGCUCUGACGAUGAAGAGCAAGAAGACCCUUCAGAUUAUUGCAAAGGUGGUUACUACCCAGUGAAGAUCGGUGAUCUGUUUAACGGGAGGUACCAUGUGGUCAGAAAACUUGGCUGGGGACAUUUCUCUACCGUCUGGCUCUGCUGGGAUCUUCAGAGGAAGCGUUUCGUGGCGCUGAAGGUGGUUAAGAGCGCGCCGCACUACACCGAGACGGCUGUGGACGAGAUCAAGCUGCUCCGCUGUGUGAGAGACAGUGAUCCGUCUGACCCCUACAGAGAAACCAUCGUCCAGCUGAUAGACGACUUCAAGAUCUCUGGAGUCAACGGAAUCCAUGUCUGCAUGGUUCUGGAGGUUUUGGGUCAUCAGCUGUUGAAGUGGAUCAUUAAGUCAAACUACAUGGGACUUCCCCUCAUCUGCGUCAAGACCAUCAUCAGACAGGUGCUGCAGGGUCUGGACUACCUCCACACGAAGUGUAAGAUCAUCCACACGGACCUCAAGCCAGAGAACAUCUUAUUGGACGUAGAUGAGGUUUACAUCCGGAGGCUGGCAGCCGAGGCAACCGUCUGGCAGAGAUCUGGGGCUCCGCCCCCUUCCGGGUCAUCAGUUAGCACGGCUCCCAGGGAUCUACAGGGCGGUAAGCUGUCUAAGAACAAGAAGAAGAAGAUAAAGAGGAAAGCAAAGAAUCAGCAGAGACUGUUGGAGGAGAGACUCGUGGACAUCCAGAAGAUCGAGGAGGACGAUGAGACCCCGCCCGGCAACGCAGACGCUGCCUCCAACAGCAAAGCGAGCGGUGACUCUACCGGCUCCUGGUUGGAGGACAGCUGUAAUGGCCACGCCCCUGGACGCUUCUCUAGCCCCGCCUCCGGCCUGUCAGGCUUCUCCAGCUCUGUGAUGUCAGCGACGUCUGAGUCAGCACUUUCUACUCAGUCAGGGUACUCGAGUGGACAAGAUGUGUUCAGCGCCUCAGACUUCGUCAUCAGUCCUCUGGAUCCUCAGAACGCCCACAAGCUCAGGGUGAAGAUCGCUGAUCUGGGCAAUGCAUGCUGGGUGCACAAACACUUCACAGAGGACAUUCAGACCCGACAGUACAGAGCUCUGGAGGUUCUGAUUGGAGCAGAGUACGGACCACCUGCUGACAUCUGGAGCACCGCCUGCAUGGCCUUUGAGUUGGCGACGGGCGACUACAUGUUUGAGCCUCACUCUGGAGAAGACUACACCCGGGACGAAGACCACAUCGCUCACGUCAUCGAGCUGCUCGGCUCCAUUCCGCUGCCCUUCGCUCUGUCUGGCAGGUACUCCAGAGAGUACUUCAACAGGAAAGGUGAGCUGCGCCACAUCUCCAGCCUGAAGCCGUGGGGUCUGUUCGAGGUGCUGCUGGAGAAGUACGAGUGGCCUCUGGACCAGGCGGCGCAGUUCAGCGACUUCCUGCUGACCAUGCUGGAGCUGCAGCCGGAGCGCCGCGCCACGGCGGCGCAGUGCCUGCAGCACGCAUGGCUGCACACAUAGACACACACACUGCACACACACACACACACACACACACACUCUGAUGUAGGCGUUGUGUAGAGGAGUGUUAUAAAUGUAAGUGUUGAGUUCAUGGGACGAGGGAAAUUAUCACCUCGACUGACGGCUUGGAUUUCAUGAACACAUCACUCAAUCAUUGGAUUGAUUGAUUGGUUGGUUGGUUGAUUAACUUCCAGAGCGAUUUCCAGUUUAAAGAUGACAAAGCAAUAACCAGCGUCUCUGAAGUGGAAUCAUAAAAACUGGAUCAGAUGUCAGAGGACAUUCAGAUGAUCUUCACCAUGACCUUCACUACGACAGGGUUAUAUACAUGACCUUCACCGGGGUUAGGGUUAUAUCCAUGACCUUCACCGGGGUUAGGGUUAUAUCCAUCUUCAACAGGUUGAGUUCUCAGCUCAACCAUUCUAGUUCUUUCUCUUAUGACAUUAAUAUAUUAUCUGUAUAGUACUCUACAGAUACUAUAGUAUCUACACUAUAGUAUCUGUAGAGUACUAGAGUAAAGUCCGUUGAGGUCUAACUUCCAGAAAUCAUUUUCUGAAAGUUUUUUCUGUUUUAACUGAUUUUCUGCAGAUUUCUGAUAUUUUCUGUCUUUUUAUUAUUUGUUUGAUUUUUACUGAUUUUCUGCCCUUAAAGCUGUUUAAGACACGCCCUCUAUCAUUUAAGACACGCCCUCUACAUGUUAAGACACGCCCUCUAUCAUUUAAGACACGCCCUCUGCCUGUUUAUUGAGUAUUGAUCAGAGACUUUUAACACUUCUGAACUACCUGAUUUUGGUUGAUGAGCACACACCUGUAGCCGACCGGCUCACUGAUGAUGAUGAUGAUGAUGAUCUCUGUAGCUCAAAGUUAAAGGGAGGUCCUCCGAUGACCUCACCUUCACCUGCUCUCACUCGCUAUGUUCAUGUCAUAACUAGUGCCUUGAAAUGACCCUUGACCCCUCAUGUCAGCGGCGACAUCCAUGUUUUUUACAUUUGUUUAUUUGUGUGGAAAUAAAGAUGAAAGAUGAAAGCUUG